UAGACAGUCGCCGCUCUGGCCACCGCGGCUCCCCAGGGCUGGACAAGAAAAAAAAAGGCUCAUGGCCGCCAACAAUAGGCCGAUUGAUACAGGGCCCCUCGCACGCAACGAUCUUGGCACACGCUGCGGCAGUUGCAACAGUGCAAAAAGGCUCAUCAUUCAGGGAAGAGAACCAGUGGGCGAACCAUCUCGAAUCGGCUUCCAAAAUUGUUCGAAAUCGCAUCCUCGUAGGCUUUGAUUCUCACCGAUUACCCGCUGCCACCGUGCCUUUUCCGCUCAACUCACCCUUUAUGCCACAUGAGAUCCCUCCUGAUUUGGUGGUGCAUUCCAGCGGUGAAUCACCCCAUUCAUUCCUAAAUUUCGUAUCCACAGCUUUCUGCCGGCAGCCGUCAUUUCGGUACUCCGUAACACGUCGUUGCAAGACGUAGCCAGGGCGCCCGCUAGUCUUAUCCGGAUCCGAUGUCUAACACAUCUUAUGGCUACCUCAUAUAUAUAAGCUCGUACCAAGCUCGCACGACACUUCUCCUCCGUCUUCUUCCAAUCCCCACUAACCCCUGCCAUCAUGGCUUAUCCAUCCUUACCUGCCCCUCAGUCAUACUAUUCACAGCAGUAUAAGCCCGGACAGUCGUCCAAGACGACACUACUCAUGUCCAACCCAUAUAACCAGCAGCCUUCCUAUCCUGCAUUUUUCAACUCCAAUGCAGAGUACGCACAAUCUUGGUGGCUUAGCCAGAAUUCGUUCGCCCCGAGCUACUAUCCUGAGCCAGCCAAUAAUGAUCGCAACAUUGGCGCUCUCCCGCCAUUCUAUCAGGAAGGUAGUUUGACGCUGCCUUCAUUGCCUGAAACCUUCGCUAUUGCGUCCGAUGUCCCACCGUCGCCAACCGACGUGUCAUCGAAUGCUUCCGAGUCUGGGCCGUCCCCUGGACCCGACUUUGUUCAUGCAGUAUGCAACGCGCCACUUGUCGCGCCAGUGCCGCUUCCCUAUCAUUCGCCAACAUUCCUCCAAUUUGACCUACCAGAUGACGACGAGGAUUUAUCGCACCCCCCUUACGUCUCCCGGCCGCACAAGCGAAAGCGAGAGUCGGACGAAGCGGAUGACCUAUCCCGCGUGAUUAUCAAGCGUCAAGCGACACCAAGCUCAUGGAUUCGAAGACGUUCGAAUUGGGCCGCACCGCAGCCGUCCACUACUUCGCAGUCUCAAUUGCGAGGCUGGGCUGUUCCCGCAGGCUUCGGCGGGUAUCCUUUCCCGGGUUAAAUUCGACGUUCGUUCUAGUGGCGAGAAAUUAAAGUGUGCAUGGUUUCAUGUAAGCUCACUUCCCCUCGGUUUGCGACACGGUGUUAUGAAGGAUUCCAUUACUGAUCCAUCCAUUUUGACGGUCAUUAGAUCAUGCACGUCUCAUCAACUUUGUAUAUAGGCGCCUUCUCAGGCUAAGCUCUUCUGACCCUCAGUUUGCAAAAAUGUCGCACACCUAUCUCAUGUCAUGGUGGUGUGCCACACAGCAAGGCUAGGUCAGGGCUGCCCUCUUGCCGUAUGAGACAAUGCAUUUGUCUUGUGUCCUCAUCGCAUUGUGGUACUGGGUUGCGGGGGAACUCCAUGAUGACCGCACUAGGAACGGGCCAUCGUGGGUUGUAAAUAUGUUCCACAUGUUUUUGUUGGCGAAUCAUGAGUUUCUAGCGCACUAUCACUCCAUUCAAGACGCCACCUGCGGGUUUAUUUUUCUCGGCGGUUUUGUAGCAUAUGAUGACAGGAACCAAGCUUCUUGUCUUAAUCAGAACCAUACUACUCUUAGACUCUGCAUUACGCGUAGAAUACACUGUACAAUAUGCUCAUACGAUAUCAGGUGGUUCUCACCUUGCAUAGGUACUCGAUAGAAUUUUGAUAACAUCUUUCCACUGACAAUCAUGCUAUCUGCUUUCUGACAUACGCCGAACAAUGAAUUUCACUGCCGCCG